CGCUGAUGAAGUCGAGCUCGUCGACGUCGCUUGCGAAGCCGCGCUCGCAGUCGGACUUGGGCUCGUCGGUCUCGGGCUCGCCGACUCGGACGCGGGGCGCGCCCAAUAAGAAAGGGCGGACAAAGUCGCGGUCGCGGAAUACGUCGCUGGGCUCGGACCCGCGUAUGGAGGGCAGCGCUAAUGGCGAUGCGCAUUCUGGUCAGGAUAGCGAUGAUCUGUUCGACAGCGGGAGUGACGAGGACUUAAGUGAUGAGGAGAGUGACGACUUGGGCGAUGAUGAUAUUCCGGUGACGGGCUUUGCUGUUGCUAGUAACAAGAGGAAUGCCGAUUUCCAUGAGCUGUUCCCCACCAUCCCUGAAGGGGACUAUCUGAUUGAUGACUAUGGGUGCGCGUUACAACGUGAAAUCCUCAUCCAAGGUCGUCUGUACAUUUCGGAAAAUCACGUCUGCUUCCACGCAAAUAUCUUCGGCUGGAUCACAGACCUGUGCAUACCCAUGUACGAGAUAACUUCGCUGGAGAAGAAAAUGACAGCGUUCGUCAUCCCCAACGCGAUCCAAAUAAAUACGCGCACCGCCAAGUACACGUUCGCGUCCUUCCUGUCCCGCGACACAACCUUCGACGUCAUUUUUAAUAUCUGGCGGUUAGCACGGCCGGAGGACUGGAGCAUGGGCGAUCGCAGCGCCCGGCCGAGCCUCGAGGGCGCGGGCCAGGCCGGGGACGCGGUGGUGCCAGCGGGCGCGAAGGGGAAGAUAAAAGCGGCCAGAAAGGUCACGCAGUGCGCUUGUUUGAAGAAUGGGGACCAUUACACGGAGACGGCGAUGGACACAGUCUUGCCUGGGACGCCGGAGAAGAUCUAUAAUUUGAUGUUUGCGAGUGGGUUUGUUAAAGAGUUCAUGGUGCAGGACCAGAAGCUUCAAGAUAUCCAAAUAUCCGACUGGACGCCGAUCCCGGAUAAUCCCAAGUGCUUAGCUCGCAAUAUGUCUUACAUCAAGCCUCUGUCCGGCGGUUUAGGUCCAAAGCAGACGAAGUGCGAACUCCGUGAUGAAACAAUGCACUGUGACUUCGACGACUAUGUCGUGAUGCUCACCACUACGAGGACGCCUGAUGUCCCCAGCGGGAACGUCUUCUCUGUAAAGACGAAGACGUGCUUGAUGUGGGCAAGCAAUGUGAGCACCAGGAUCAUUGUCACGAGCCAGGUCGAGUGGACAGGGCGGAGUUUCAUAAAAGGCAUUAUCGAAAAGUCGUGUCUGGAGGGACAGAAGACAUACCACGCUGAGCUCGACGCGGCUAUCCGGCGUUACAUCUCGGAACAUCAGUCCGAAUUUGUGCCCGAAGGCGUCGACCCAGCCGCUGCCAUAGCCGAAGCCGAAGAUGAGCUGGUGGAAUCGUCCGUCUCAGCUACGCCUGGCCAGGAACGGACAUCCACUGACUCAGCCCGCAAAUCACGGGCCUCGUCAGGCAACCAACGUGGUCUGCAGUGGGCUUGGGAUACUUUCGAGGGCGCGUACAAAGUUGGCAAGCAAUCCGCUGUCGGUGCGAUCGAGCUCAUCAAGGACGCGUGGGACCAGUCUUCCACGACCACCAUAUUAUAUUUCAUCAUUAUCUUCCUGGUGAUCAGCAAUAUCUAUUCUCUCAUCAUUGUGGGCAAGCGAGAGGACGUGGGCCGCAGGAAGGAGAUGAAACGGACAGAGGAGCGCGAGAAGUGGGUGCAGGGUGUGGUCACCACAUUGUGGGAGGAACUCGCUGCGAGUAGAUCUGGCGGGGCGCCGACAAUUCGAGCGAGCGAUGACUGGAGGGGCGAGGUGGCCGACAUCAACAAGGCGCUGGAUGUCUUGGAAUUGCGUGUACAGAACCUCAGGGGAAGUUUGAAGGACUUGGACUAAUUCUUCUCUUGGUUGCCAAUCUGAAAUUUCUUGGGUUCAAUAGGGUGGAAUGCGUGCCACACUGGUUGCUGUGUAAUAGUUAUGAGAUAGUGUAUAUUUAGUUGCUGCUAGAGAUCGAAUAAUGUACAAGAAUAUCAGAGUUAAGGAGAGUGAAUGUGAUCCGGUAUUUGGAAUGGCAAGCUAGAAAGCACUUAUGUUUGUCGUGAGGAGAGGACAUGGCAAAGUGAGAUAUAUAAUUAUAGACAGCAAUGUUCAAAGCAACGCCGAUGCACGCCAAUACUCGGCACUCGGCACACAUGAAUAUAAUGAAUGGUUGCGGCAUAUGUUAGUCCAAAUGAGAGGGUCGACAUGAAAUUCAUCAAUGUAGAACAGGAGCCCAGCAGAAGGAUGUAAAGGGCGUCAGCUCAACCACCCGGGUGCUAUCGAGGAGGUGCGAAUAGCGAGAGGACCUUUUCCGCGCCUUCCUUGUACUUCUUCAGUUUCUUGUUCUUCUGCUUUUCCGGCUCCUCAGCUGAUGGUGACUGGGCUUUCAGUGUACCCGACGGCCCUACAUCAUCACUAUCUGGCCCGUCCCCGUUCCCCGAUUGGUCGGAAGACACACUGGUAUUGCCAACCGACGUAGCGGACUCCUUCGAUUUUAACGAAGGUGACAUGGGGAGAGUAGUCCCAUCCGAAGAAGCGGGAGUCAAAAACCCAUUUGAUGUGCUCGAUGUCACUGUAGCAGAAGCGGAUUGACUGAGACUCUUAACAGUUGUGACAGAGCGAGACGACUGAGUCGAAGACGGUGGGGAUUUUGCGCGCAGGAAUUGCCUGGGAUGUUUCCGGAAUGUCAAGCCAGGUGUCCUCCCCCUACGUUGUUUCUCUGACGGGGACGGAGAAUCACCGGCCUCGCCAAUUUCGGAUUUGCUGGACUUGCUGGACAUGACACGGGGUGCAGCUCGAGCGGGGGUUGAACCCUUUCGGAGCGCUAGCCUAUACCGGUCCACAACACCUCGAGAGAACAAAGUUGGACCCUUGGAUCCGUUGCGCUCCUCGCCUUCGCCAGCUUCCACGAAAUCCCAGUCAUCAUCCUCUUCAUCGCGUUCAGUUGCUUCGGUCUCUUCUCCGCCAGCGUCUGAGAGGUAUUUGUCCAAAGCUGGGAUACCUGAUUUCUCCCUGCGACUCCGGGUGAAGCGCGCGGACUUGGGCCUCGACUUCUGCUCCACUUUCUUAGACGGCUGGACUAGAGCAUUGUCGGCGGGCUGUACUCUGGAGACCUCCGUCAAAGUACGGCCAUUGGUCGGUGCGACCAUC